AGCGUGUUCUGCUCGGACUGCCUUCCCUUUCCAUUCACAGCCUUGCCAAACAGCCCUGCCCUGGCUGCCUAACUCUAGGCCAGUGAACUAACCGUCGCCCACGGUCCGACUCUCAGCGGCUGGUCCCGGUGCCCACCCCCGGUAAACGGAGAACCCGGGCACCCAGCCUCCCCGCCAGCCGCGAUGCCCAACGUGCAGUUGCCGCCCAAGGAGAGCAACCUCUUCAAACGCAUCUGGAAAUGUUAGGAACAGAAGCAGUACAAAAAUGGCCUCAAGUUUUGCAAGAUGAUUCUUUCAAACCCCAAAUUCGCUGAACAUGGAGAGACUUUGGCUAUGAAAGGAUUAACAUUGAACUGUUUAGGAAGAAAAGAAGAAGCAUAUGAAUUUGUUCAUAAAGGUCUUCGUAAUGAUGUAAAGAGUCAUGUCUGUUGGCAUGUAUAUGGACUCUUGCUGCAGCGUUCUGAUAAGAAGUAUGAUGAAGCUAUUAAGUGUUACCGAAGUGCCCUCAAAUUAGAUAAAGAUAAUCUGCAGAUUUUGAGGGAUCUCUCUCUCUUGCAGAUCCAUAUGAGAGACCUUGAAGGUUACCGAGAGACGAGAUAUCAGUUUCUUCAGCUGCGCCCAACACAAUGUGCUUCCUGGAUUGGAUAUGCUAUUGCAUACCAUUUGCUGAAAGAUUAUGACAUGGCACUAAACUUAUUGGAAGAAUUUAGACAAACUCAGCAAGUUCCUCCCAACAAAAUAGACUAUGAAUAUAGCGAACUGAUAUUAUACCAGAAUCAGGUGAUGAGAGAAGCAGAUCUAUUUCAGGAAUCUUUGGAACAUAUAGAAAUAUAUGAGAAACGAAUAUGUGAUAAACUUUUGGUGGAAGAAAUUAAAGGGGAAGUACUGUUGAAAUUGGGAAAAUUAAAAGAAGCCAGUAAAGUAUUCAAAAACUUGAUUGAUCGGAAUGCAGAAAAUUGAUAUUAUUAUGAAGGCCUGGAAAAAGCUCUGCAACUUAGCACUUUAGAAGAGAGGCUUCAAAUUUAUGAAGAAAUUAGUAAGCAGCACCCCAGAGCAAUUUCACCUAGAAGAUUACCUUUGAAUCUUGUCCCAGGUGAAAAAUUUAGAGAACUAAUGGAUAAGUUCCUGAGGGUUAACUUCAGUAAAGACUGCCCACCCUUGUUUACUACUUUGAAAUCUUUAUAUUACAAUACAGAAAAGGUUUCUAUAAUCCAGGAACUUGUUACUAAUUACGAAGCCUCUCUUAAAACAUGUGACUUUUUUAGCCCUUAUGAGAAUGGAGGGAAGGAGCCCCUGACAACACUACUCUGGGUUCAAUAUUUCCUGGCACAGCACUUUGAUAAACUUGGGCAAUAUUUUUUGGCUUUGGAUUAUAAUAAUGCUGCGAUUGCUAGCACUCCAACGCUAAUAGAAUUAUUCUAUAUGAAAGCAAAAAUGUACAAGCAUAUAGGUAAUCUCAAGGAAGCUUCAAAGUGGAUGGAUGAAGCACAGUCUUUGGACACAGCUGAUAGAUUCAUUAAUUCCAAAUGUGCAAAAUAUAUGCUUCGAGCAAAUAUGAUAAAAGAAGCAGAGGAAAUGUGCUCCAAAUUCACAAGGGAAGGAACAUCUGCCAUGGAAAACUUAAAUGAAAUGCAGUGUAUGUGGUUUCAGACAGAAUGCACUUCAGCUUAUCAACGUCUGGGGAAAUAUGGGGAUGCCUUGAAAAAAUGCCACGAAGUAGAAAGGCAUUUUUUUGAGAUAACCGAUGAUCAAUUUGACUUCCACACAUACUGCAUGAGAAAGAUGACCCUUCGUGCCUAUGUUGACCUUUUGAGAUUAGAAGAUAUACUCAGAAGACAUGCCUUUUAUUUCAAGGCUGCUAGAUCAGCGAUUGAAAUAUACUUGAAAUUAUAUGAUAAUCCCUCAAGCAAUGAAAGCAAACAACAAGAAAUAAAUUCAGAAAGCAUGUCAUCCAAAGAAUGGAAGAAAAUGCUUAGCAAGCAGAGAAGAGCUCAGAAAAAGGCUAAAUUAGAAGAAGAAAGAAAGCAUGCAGAAAGGGAAUGUCAACAAAAAAAUCAAAAGAAAAAAAGAGAUGAUGAAGAAGAAGAAGCCAGUGGUCUUAAGGAAGAACUUAUACCUGAAAAAUUAGAAAAGGUAGAAAAUCCAUUAGAAGAAGCCGUCAGGUUCCUUAUACCUCUUAAGAACCUUGUUGCUGAUAACAUUGACACUCAUCUAUUAGCAUUUGAAAUAUAUUUUAGAAAAGGAAAGUUUCUGUUAAUGCUGCAGUCUGUCAAACGAGCUUUUGCCAUCAAUAGUAAUAACCCAUGGUUACAUGAUUUAAUUAAAUUUUCUAAAUCUGUGUCUAAUUGUAGUAAUCUUCCAGACAUUGUGAACAGAGUUCUAUCUAAAGAAAUGCAGAAAAUAUUUGUCAACAAGGAUUUGGAAAGUUUUAAUGAGGACUUUCUCAAACAUAAUAGUGUCUCUCUUCAGCAUCUGCUUUCAGGUGCUAAAAUGAUAUAUUUUCUGGACAAAUCAAAGCAAGAUAAAGCAAUUGCGAUAGCAACUAGACUGGAUGAAACUAUAAAAGAUAAAAAUGUGGAGGCUUUAAUGAAGGUUUCUGAGGCACUGCUUGAUGGCAGCUUUGGGAACUGUAGUUCCCAAUAUGAAGAAUACAGGAUGGCCUGUCAUAACCUGCUUCCUUUUACAUAUGCUUUCCUGCCUUCUGUGAAUGAGGUCAACAGUCCUAGUGCGGCACUGAAUUAUACAGCUAACUACUAUGUCUUGGCAAAUGAAAUUUAAAAUCUGAAAGAAAGUUGACUCCUAGAGACUCAAAGCUGAAUUCAGAUCUGGGUUUCUUUUCCAAGGUGAACAGAUAAAUUGUGGUCUAUCCAUGCAGUGGAAUACUAUUCAGCAAGAAAAAGGAGUGAGUGAACUUACACAGAGCAACGUGGAUGAAUCUCAACGUAAUUACAGAAGAGAGAAUGUACUGUAUGAUUCCAUUUAUAUACAAUUCUAGAAAAUACAAGCUAAUUGACA